AUGGCGAUUACUACACCAAGCGAGCUUGAUCCUAACCUUCUUCUUCCUGCUCCUUCAUCAGAACCCGAAUCCGAAUCCGAAUCUCUGCUCUCAUCUCUCGUUUACGAUACGGCUCAGAAGUUUCAGAUGGAAAUGGGUAACAUGCUUAAGAUGAUAACUGAAAUUGAUCAAGCUGCGGGUGGGAUAAUGGAAGAGAUAGGUAAAUGCAAAGAUAACGUUUUUGAGAGGAAGAAAGGACUGGAAGAAGAGAAGGAAAGGUUUCAGAAAGUUGCUUAUGCUCUACUAGGCAUGCUCAAUGGCACAUAG